AUGGCUUCGGCGAAGGACUUCCAGGAUGUGUCGAGCGUCGAGAAGGGGACGCCGGACUUGACCAACAGCGGCCAGGUUUCGGUUUCCUCGACCAUCUCCUACACGGCAGAGGAAGAACGACGGGUACUGCGCAAGGUCGACCUUGCUCUCCUCCCCGGCCUCACUUUCCUCUACUUACUCAGCUUUCUCGACCGUUCCAACGUCGGCAAUGCCAAGCUCCUCGGCCUCAUGAAGGACAUCGGACUCGGGGCGGCGUCAAAGGCGCCGGUCUACAACACUUCCCUCGCCCUCUACUUCCUCGGCUACGUUCUCUUCGAAAUUCCCGCUAAUAUCGUCCUCAAGAAGUUUAACCCGCGCGUCUGGCUGCCGACGCUCACAGUCGCCUGGGGAAUCACCGCGACCUUGCAGUGCCUCGUCAAGAACGAGGCAGGCUUCUUGGCUGCUCGGUUCUUCAUGGGCGUCAGUGAGGCAGGCCUCUUCCCCGGCAUCGUCUUCGUCUUCUCGAUGUACUACAAGCGCAACGAGCGACACUGGCGUGUCGCCGUCUUCUUCGGCGGCGCCGCUCUCGCCGGCGCGUUCGGCGGCGUCCUCGCCUGGGCGCUCGGGCACAUCAAGGGCGGAGGACUGAAGCCGUGGGGAUGGAUCUUCGCAAUCGAGGGCAUCUUCACGACCCUUGUCGGCUUGACCGCCUACUUCUGGGUUCCUGGGUACCCUCGUCAGGCCAAGUUCCUCAACGAGAGAGAACACGCCAUCCUCAUUGCACGUCUCCAGGCCGACAGCGAUUCGGCGGACGAGGAGCCUUUCUCGUGGCACGGCGUUUGGGAGGCGUUCAAGGACCCGCUCGUCCUUGGCUACGGCUUUCUCUUCCACGCCUAUGCCUUCACCCUCUACUCCCUCUCCCUCUUCCUCCCGACCAUCAUCGCUCAACUCGGCUACGCCUCAUGGAAGGCGCAGCUCAUGACGGUCCCCGUCUACGCCUGCGCUUUCUUCAGCAUCCUCCUCUUUGCCUGGCUCUCGCACCACUUCAACCAGCGCGGCAGCUUCAUCAUAAUCGCCGGCGCAAUCGCUAUCGUCGGCUACAUCGUCCUCCUCACAACGCAUACGGCAGGCUCGCGUUACGCUGGCGCCUUCAUUGCCGUGAUCGGCAUCUACAGCGCGAACGAGAACGUCUCGCCGCAGACGAAGCGAGCGGUGGCGUCAGGGAUGCAGAUCUUCAUUGGUGAUGUCGGCGCAAUCGUCGGCGUCCUCGUCUACCGCCCGUCCCUCUCCACCCACUUCUACCGCACUCCGCACGGCAUCUCGAUCCUCUACACGGCGCUCGGAAUGAUCAUUGCAGGCGCACUGGCAUUCUCGAUGUCGAGGGCGAACAAGAGCGGGAAUGCGAGGAGGGCGGACAGGAAGGAGGCGAAGGGGGAGGUUGCGUUGGGAGAUCGGGCAAGGGGUUAUCCGUUCCAGUUGUAG